AUGGAAACCAACGUUACAAAUACAACCUACUGUGACAAGCAGCAGCGGGUCACAAAUAUCUACGUUUUCUAUGCAUCGGACUCAAUUGGUUACACGAUAUAUGAUGCUUGUGUGUUUCCACCGACGAUAUAUAAUGCUAUAGUGUUUCUACCGACGAUAUAUGAUGCUAGAGUGUUUCCACCGACGAUAUAUGAUGCUAGAGUGUUUCUACCGACGAUAUAUAAUGCUAGAGUGUUUCCACCGACGAUAUAUAAUGCUAUAGUGUUUCCACCGACGAUAUAUGAUGCUAGAGUGUUUCCACCGACGAUAUAUAAUGCUAUAGUGUUUCCACCGACGAUAUAUGAUGCUAGAGUGUUUCCACCGACGAUAUAUGAUGCUAUAGUGUUUCCACCGACGAUAUAUGAUGCUAUAGUGUUUCCACCGACGAUAUAUGAUGCUAGAGUGUUUCCACCGACGAUAUAUAAUGCUAUAGUGUUUCCACCGACGAUAUAUGAUGCUAGAGUGUUUCCACCGACGAUAUAUGAUGCUAUAGUGUUUCCACCGACGAUAUAUGAUGCUAUAGUGUUUCCACCGACGAUAUAUGAUGCUAGAGUGUUUCCACCGACGAUAUAUAAUGCUAGAGUGUUUCCACCGACGAUAUAUAAUGCUAGAGUGUUUCCACCGACGAUAUAUAAUGCUAGAGUGUUUCCACCGACGAUAUAUGAUGCUAUAGUGUUUCCACCGACGAUAUAUGAUGCUAUAGUGUUUCCACCGACGAUAUAUGAUGCUAUAGUGUUUCCACCGACGAUAUAUGAUGCUAUAGUGUUUCCACCGACGAUAUAUGAUGCUAUAGUGUUUCCACCGACGAUAUAUGAUGCUAUAGUGUUUCCACCGACGAUAUAUGAUGCUAUAGUGUUUAUUUCCACCGACGAUAUCUGUGGUCAUGAGCCUGAACACUUAAGGCAGCAGCAGCAGCAGCACAGCUUCGAGGACAACAGCUUCGAGGACAACAGCUUCGAGGAUAUCAGCUUCGAGGACAACAGCUUCGAGGACAACAGCUUCGAGGACAACAGCUUCGAGGACAACAGCUUCGAGGACAACAGCUUCGAAGACAAGUCGCCAUAG